UAAAUCUUAUCACAUAUAAUACGUUUAUAUUAUAGCUAAAGAUGUCCGUCACCGUAGAUUAAUUUAUAAGCUUACUCUUAAUAAUUAUAUGGUCUAAAUGAAAUGAUAAUAUAAAAAUAAAUAUAUAACUGCAACUGUAACUCGACUUGCUUAUUUUGGAUGAUAUGAGCUGAGUAAAAUCACGUUGUUUCAGACAUUGCUCGCUACAAUCGGCGAAUGGUCUCAUGUCUCGACACCUGUUGCCUUCUCCGCGGGUUUUAUAUUAUAUUCGUGUAGAAUACGCUCUGUUUCUAUUGGAGCGUGGUUCACAUGUCACGACUAAAGUCUUGCAUCAAUCUCUGAUACGCUGCCUUUCAAAAAUAUUAAAACGUCCUUCUUUCUUUUUAUCAAGCAUUUGAAUUCCUAAAAUUCACUAGUUUAUCAUUAUAUAUUACACAAAUUGAUGAUUCUCAUUGUAAAAUGGUGGAUACAAGAAUUAGGAUCCAGCGGAAAAAUUGCUAUCAUUUGCACACUAUAUUAGUGUAUAUAAGCUCUGAACGUAGUUAGUGUAUUACAAUUCUAAAAAAGGUAGGUUAAUAAAUAAAGAAGUGAGGAAUGAGGAUUAUUGAAAGAGGGAUGCACCGUUUAAUGGGGGUAGAUGCGAAACAAAGUCAAAUUACCAUACUAUUUUGUUGAAUUUUCCCUUCUCAAUCCAAUGCAUGCUCAGCAUCAAUCAAUCAUGCAUUCGUGCUAUAACAUACGGUAAGUUUCAGUUACGAACUCUCUCAUAUUUAAAUCACUUAUUCCAUUCCAUUGAUUAAAGUCAAAUACUAACAUAAUACUCUAGUUAUAGAUAGUGGAUUAGUGAUUGCAUUAAACCCAUUUACGGACACAUGUAACAUUAGUUUACACACGUAAGUUAGAAAUGUAUACAAGGGCAAAACGAAUAAUUAUAUCUGGUUAACUAUAAAAGUAAGAAAGUAACUAAAGAAAAGCUUCUACUUAUCUUUUUUUGAAUUUAAAAGGGCUUUAAUCUAGUAUAGGGGGUAAGAAUAAGAAGUUAAAAGGUAAAAAAAGAUACGUUUUAAUUAUCCUCAUAUAGUACCUGGAAAUAACAGAAAAACAAAAAACAAAGGUAAGUACUUUGCUUGCUUUAAGUAUAUUAUGAACCCAAAAAAGAUAUAUACACAAGACACAUUAAAAGAGAGAGCAGAAACAAGAUACACACACUUAAACCUAUUUGCCUUUUCUCUCUUCACUUCUCUCUCUAACAAGAAAGCUCUCUCUCAGUGAUCAUCAUCAAUGGCGACUUCUCUCUCCUUCAUGUCAACAGACCAAAACUCUUCUCUCUCCUUCAUGUCAACAGACCAAAACUCCGUCAGAAACCCAAACGAGCUUCUCAGAAACACUUACCAGCUUGUCAACGGCGAGAUCCGGACAGAGCCGCCGAAGAAGAGCCGUGGUCGGAAACCUGGAUCGAAGACAGGUCAGCAAAACCAGAAGAAGCCGACGCUGAGAGGAAUGGGUGUGGCUAAGCUCGAGCGAGUCAUAGCUGAGGAAGAGAAGAAGAAAACUGUCGUCGCCGGAGGAGAAGGAGACACGUCAGCUGCGAGCCCUAACGCCAACCGUUUAUUACCGGUCUUACCCGACCGGGGUGUUGUGCUGCAAGGCUUUCCAAGCUACGGUGGUGGGCCCACCAACACGUCUCUCGGAGGGUAUACUCGAAGCAGGUUCCUUUGCGGGGGAGGAGCCGGGUCGGGUCAGAUCGUGAUCGACCCGGUUUGUUCUCCUUGGGGUUUUGUUGAGACAUCUACUCAUGAGCUCUCUUCAAUCCCAAAUCCUCAAAUGUAUAACGCCUCCAAUAAUCACUGUGACACGUGCUUCAAGAAGAAACGUUUGGACGGAGAUCAAAAUGUGGUGAGAUCCAACGGUGGUGGGUUUUCGAAAUACACAAUGAUGAUUCCUCCUCCUCCUCCUCCAAUGAACGGCUACGAUGAUCAGAGGAGCCAAGGCUUCUUUUAUGAUCAACGAAUCGCCAGAUCAGCUCCAGUUUCUGCUUCCAUGAAUCCGUACUUCAACGAGGCGACAAAUCUCACGGGAGCAAUGGAGGAGUUUGGUAGCUUAAACCCUAGGAACGGAACAAGAGGUGUGAAGGAGUACGAGUUUUUCCCGGGGAAAUACGAUGAUUUCCAAGGAAACUCGUUUCCAGUGGCUACAUCAGUAGGUGAUUGCAGUCCUAAUACUACAUCAUCCACUAUCGAUCUGUCCUUGAAGCUUUAAAUGUUAUUAAUUUUUUGCUCUUUCUCUUUCUAUCUAUGUUAAACAAAUCGUCUUUUUUUCUUUUUGUUAUAAUGAAGUAGAAGAAAGUAUGAAACAGAAGGAAAAAAAACAAACCGAUUUUUUGGUGUAUGCAUCUGAAGUGUGAAUCAAAGAAUGAUUCAGCUUUUUGAUUACCCUUUCGGUUGUUUAUUAUGAGAUUUUAACCUAAACACUCAGACAUUUGUUCUGUGAUCUCUUCCUUAGUUGUGUCAUGAAACUUCUCUCUCUCUCUUAAGCUGUUUCAGAUCUCUUGGGGCUUGGAUCCAUUUUGUGUUUCUUUAGUUAGGCAAUGAUGAUGUCAUGAUUCAUUUA